AUGUCUUCACAAGACGACCCAGCCGCAGCCUGUCCGGUCGAUCACAAGACUCGCGAAGCAUGGCUCGCCCAAGCCCGCGCCCAAAACGCCAACGCACCCUCAAAUCCUCAUAGUGCACCCAUACCAACACCCGCCGCCCCGCCAGCGCCCUCACAAUCCGCCGUGCAGCAAUCAUGCGAUUCCUCUUCCCUAGACCAAAGCACAACAUCUCCGCCCCCUUCACACGCAAGCAUUCUCUCCCAAAUACGCCUCGGCACCGACCGUGAAGUCAGCACAAUACCACGCGCCCUCCCCGACAACUUCGCUGCGCCAACCACACCCGACGCCCGCCCAGCAAACAACGAGCGUGACACAGGCGCAGAUAAGAAAACUGGAAAUUGGAUCUACCCCUCUGAGCAAAUGUUCUUCGACGCCAUGCGCCGCAAAUCCUACGAUCCCUCCGCACCAGACAUGCGCACCAUAGUCCCCAUCCACAACGCCGUCAACGAGCGCGCCUGGCACGAGAUCAAGUCCUGGGAAGCGAAUCGCGGCGCAGAGAAAUGUGGAGGACCUAAGCUUGCUUCCUUUUCUGGGUUAAGCACUAGUUUGACUCCCAGAGCACGGUGGAAGAGUCUGAUGGGGUACCAGCCACCGUUUGAUAGACACGAUUGGGUUGUGGAUCGUUGUGGGACAAAGAUUGAGUAUGUGAUUGAUUUCUAUGCGGGCAGAGAUGAGGGUAAGGUGGGGAAAGCGUUGAACUUCUAUUUGGAUGUUAGGCCCAAGUUGAAUAGCUGGGAGGGUGUCAAGAUGAGGAUUGCUAAGUUCUGGGGGUUCUAG